AUGGGAACAUUUGUAUACAGCAGCAGCUGCCUUUCUUGGAAAAACAAUCUGGGCAGACAGCUGAAUUCCUCUAACCAGGCGAUUUCUCGUGGUGUUCCAGAAAAAGGGUGUUCAAGAAUUAAGGUUGCUGCUUGUUCUAAAGAAGAUGCUCCUGUGAAUCAAGAUUGUGAAAAAUCUGCAGGCUCAUUGAAUAGGAGGUUAGCUAUUGUAUCUGGUGCUUCUUUGAUUUCAUCUGUACUACUUUUUCCUGGAGAGGGAUCUGCUGUAGUGAAACAAGGCCUCCUAGCAGGGAGAGUUCCUGGACUUUCUGAACCAGAUGAAGAAGGUUGGAGGACAUACCGAAGACCUGAUGAGAAGUCAGGUGGACAUGGAGUUGGAUGGAGUCCUAUGAUUCCUUAUUCUUUUUCCGUGCCUGAUAAUUGGGAAGAGGUCCCCGUGUCAAUUGCUGAUCUAGGUGGUACAGAGAUUGACUUGAGAUUCGCGAAUCCCAAACAAGGGCGAAUCUCUGUAAUUGUGGCUCCUGUUAAAAGAUUUUCAGAUGAUAUUGGUGAAGAAGCUACCAUAGAACAAAUUGGGCCUCCAGCUAAAGUGAUUAGUGCAUUUGGGCCUGAAGUCAUUGGAGAGAAUGUAGAAGGUAAAGUCUUAAGAUCUGAAGUAGCAGAGCAUUUGGGCAGAAGAUAUUACCAGUUCGAAUUAGAGCCACCACAUGUCAUGAUCACAGCAACAGCCGCUGGAAAUCGCCUAUACUUGUUCAGUGUCACAGGAAAUGGUCUUCAAUGGAAAAGGCAUUACAAAGAUUUGAGAAAGAUUGCUGAGUCUUUCAGAGUUGUCUGAUUGGCACAUCGACCCCAUGUUUGAUAUCACCUAAGCGGAAGUGCAAUACACAAGGAAGAAGAGUCGGUCACUAUAACCAUAAAUAUUUACAAGAAGCCACAUCACCUCUAGUAGAAUAUACAGUUACAUAUAUGAAAGGAGAAUUUCUUCUAGAUUGAGUUUUGUAACAAAUUUUAGCCACCAGUUAUUAUUGUAAACUGUUUUCCUUACCAAUGUUGUAAGUCUUCAGAAGGCAUUCUUCUGGAUUGAUUGCUAAAUCAGGCAUUGAUAGCUUUGUUUGA